AUGAAGAACGAAGAGGACGUAUCAGAUGAGAGGCAACUGGACAGAGCGAGAAAAGCGCGCGCAUUUAUUCGCAAGAUCUAUACUAAUGGAGUUUUGGAAUUUUUCCUUCUUUCACUUCCCCGCGUUAUUUUCUCUCGCUUUCCUCGCCAGCAUAUCCUUUUCAGACCAAUGACGACCGAGGUUGAAAAAGCGCAAUCUGCUUCCGAUUCAUCAGGUGAUACGAUUUUUGGAAGGAUCGUUAGGAAGGAAAUACCUGCUGAUAUUAUCUAUGAAGACGACACGUGUCUUGCCUUUAAUGACGUUAAUCCCCAAGCCCCUGUUCAUUUUCUAGUGAUUCCGAAAAAGCCCAUUUCCAUGCUGGGUACUGCACAAAGCGACGACAUCGAAAUUCUCGGUCGCUUAUUACUGGUUGCCAAGACUUUGGCCAAUGAACGCUUGGCAGAACGAGGUUAUCGCGUUGUUAUAAAUAACGGAAAGGAUGGUGCUCAGUCAGUGUAUCAUCUCCAUCUUCAUGUUUUGGGUGGUAGGCAAAUGAGAUGGCCACCUGGAUAG